AAUAAUUCUCUUAUUUCUUCAUUCAAAUAAUUCUUAAACAAUGCGUGAUUUUACAUUUUUCUCAGUUUUAUUUUAACAUCAAUCGAGAGAACAUCUGAAAAGAAAUAACAAAAGCUUCAAGAUGCUUCUAAUAAUUUUAACGAGCAUUCUUGGCUUCGCCUUACUCUUUCUCGCCUUCUUGCGUCAUCGUUUCUCAUACUGGAAAAAUCGUGGCUUCCCAUCGACAAGUCCCUGCACGCCUUUAGGUGACUUUGCAGGCGUUGGCAUUAAAAUGCAUUAUCACGUAAAAUAUGCGCAACUUUAUAACGCCUUCAAGAAAAAGACAAAAUUCUUCGGAGCUUUCUUGUACAUGAAACCAACACUUUUCAUCACAGACCUCGAUUUACUUCGCACCGUUUUGGUCAAAGACUUCCAUUAUUUUGAAGAUCGCGGAGUUUAUUACAACGAAAAAGAGGAUCCUCUAACAGCUCACAUUUUUGCCAUCGAGGGCGAGAAAUGGCGUAAAAUGCGAAAUAACUUGAGUCCCACAUUCACUUCCGGCAAAAUGAAAUACAUGUUCCACACAAUCUCGGACAAAGGUCAAGUGCUGAUAGACUACAUCGACAAACAUUUCGCGAAGACGGGCGCUGUGAUGGAAGGCAAAGAUGUCGCACAACGAUUCACUGCCGAUGUUAUCGGGUCAUGUGCAUUCGGGGUUGAAGUGCAUGCCUUUGACACGACAAAAGUCCCAGAAAUUAUAAAAAUUGCCAAAGGAAUCUUUUCGGAUAGCGCUUUUGGUGGCAUGUACUUUUUCCUCGUGAGUUCUUAUCAGUCGUUGGCCCGCUUUUUGAAGUUGCGACUCAUCGCGAAAUACGUCGAAGAUUAUUUCAUGACGAUGAUCAAGGAGAAUGUCGAGUAUCGCGAGACGAAUUGCGUUGUGCGAGCGGAUUUCUUCAACAUGUUACUAAACCUUAAAAAUCGCGGCACAAUUUUCGAAGACAAACCCGAGAACGAAGAAGGUAAAAUCACGUUUAAAGAACUCGCAGCCGAAUCAGCAGUUUUCUUCUUUGCUGGAUUCGAAACGAGCUCGUCAACGAUGAACUUUGCUCUCUACCUUCUUGCCAGUCAUCCAGAGGUUCAGGAAAAGGUCCGUGCUGAAGUUCGUCGAGUCAAAGCGUUGCAUGAUAACAAAAUCAGUUACGAAGCCUUGAUGGAAAUGAAAUACUUGACACAAGUUUUUGACGAAACCCUGAGAAUGUAUCCGCCAGUGGGAAAUUUGUCGCGAAACACAAUUCGAGAUUACAAGAUUCCAGAUACGGAUUUGGUAGUGCCGCAAGGAACGAUGAUCUCGAUAACGGUUUAUGGCAUUCACAAUGAUCCCGAUAUUUAUCCCGAACCGGAAAAGUUUGAUCCGGAUAGAUUUACGCCAGAGGAAGUGGCGAAGAGACAUCCUUAUGCUUAUAUUCCGUUUGGCAAGGGACCGAGAGAUUGCAUUGGAAAUCGGUUUGGAAUGUUGCAAGUUAAGUUCGGAUUAGCGACGAUUUUGGAUAAUUUUAAAGUAGAGGUUAAUCCGAAGACAAUUCAACCGAUUGUGAGGGAAUUGAAAACGAGAAAUGUUGCUGCUAAAGGUGGUCUUUGGUUUAAUAUUACACGUUUAGAGGAUUGAAACUGUUAAAUUUAAAGAUUUUUUUGAAGCUAUUGAUUUUAAGUCAGAUGAGUCGCAUUUACGCAAAAACAAACAAAAAACUUUCUAACAGAUUACUUAAUUACAAUUUAUAUGUCACA